UGAAUGCAUUGAGCUGUCAGUGUGAGACAGCAGCCGAAGCAGCAGCAGCAGUACAGUCAGUCUGCUUCAGACUCCUCAUCUCUUUCUUCAGUCCAGAUGCCAAUAUAGCAGUGAAGACGGAGAUAUCAGUAUCUGCGUAUAUGGGAGCCUGCUAUCACAGCUAAGUUUAGUUUUCGCUAGAGUUUUAAAGACUCUAGAGACACACUUGUAAUCGAGCAUGAAUGUUAGGCGAUCGGGAAUGUGGAGAGCCGGUGUAAUGCUGCUCAUCAGCGGGUGCGUUUGCGCGAGUGUGCCGGAGGAACCCGCGGACAGAGCGUCUCCGUCGGACGGCUACUGCAGCUGGAUAACGCGGGCUCAGCCGCACGGAGCCGGUGGCAGAAAAGAGGGCUUUACUGAGUUCAGACUGCGAGUGGAGGGAGACCCGGAGUACUAUCAGCCCGGCAGCACUUAUCAAGUAACCCUGUAUGCGGUCAACUCUGCCUACUUUAGAGGCUUUACUCUCAUUGCUCUAAAGGAGGGACAGAACGGUGACCAGGAAGAUGAUUAUGCCGGAAAUUUCCAGAUCAUUGACGAGGAAGACACACAGUUUAUGACCAACUGUCCUCCAGCAGUGACAGAAAGCACUCCGCGCAGAAGGACCAGAAUACAGGUGUUCUGGACAGCGCCUCCCUCGGGCAGUGGCUGUGUACUUCUGAAGGCGAGUAUUGUUCAGAGAAAGAUCAUCUCAUUUCAGGAUGAAGGUUUCCUCACCAAACGCAUGUGUGAGAAAGAGCCGCUGUAUGGAGAAAGUACAGAUAAACCUCUGCUGGACUGCUGUGCCUGUGGAACUGCCAAAUACAGAGUCACCUUCUACGGGAACUGGUCAGAAAAACUGCACCCCAAAGAAUACCCAAGAAGAGCCAAUCACUGGUCAGCUCUUAUUGGGGCAUCCCAUUCAAAGAACUAUGUAUUGUGGGAGUACGGUGGUUAUGCCAGUGACGGGGUUAAACAAGUUGCUGAACUUGGUUCACCAGUGAAGAUGGAGGAAGAGAUACGUCAGAAGGGUGAUGAGGUGUUGACUGUCAUUAAAAUGAAAGCCCAGUGGCCGGCCUGGCAACCUCUUAAUGUCGGAGGUGGGGACAAGUCACACAUGUUCAAGUCCAAGCGAGCGGCACCCUCGGCUGAGUUCUCGGUGGACCGCACACGUCACCUGAUGUCUUUUCUGACUAUGCUGGGCCCCAGUCCUGACUGGAAUGUGGGUUUGUCCUCAGAGGACCUCUGCACCAGAGAAUGUGGUUGGGUCCAAAAGGUUGUCCAGGAUUUAAUCCCGUGGGACGCGGGGACAGACAGCGGGGUCACGUAUGAGUCCCCAAAUAAUCCAACGACUCCUCAGGAGAAGAUUCGUCCCCUCACCAGUUUAGACCAUCCUGACAGCCCCUUCUAUGACCCAGAGGGAGGCGCCAUCACUCCCGUGGCAAGGGUCGUUGUGGAGAGAAUUGCCCGCAAGGGUGAGCAGUGCAACAUUGUGCCUGAUAAUGUGGAUGACAUUGUGGCUGACAUUGCCCAGGAAGAGAAAGAAGAAGAUGAUACUCCAGAGACAUGCAUCUACUCAAACUGGUCUCCGUGGUCAGCAUGCAGCUCCUCAACUUGUGAAAAAGGGAAGAGGAUGAGGCAGAGGAUGCUUAAGGCACAGCUGGAUCUCAGUGUACCGUGUCCUCACACACAGGACUUUGAGCCCUGCAUGGGGCCCGGCUGCAGUGACGAAGAUGCUUCUACAUGCAUGAUGUCUGAAUGGAUCACAUGGUCGCCCUGCAGUGUUUCGUGUGGUGCAGGUGUGCGAUCCAGGGAGCGUUAUGUCAAACAGUUUCCUGAUGAUGGUUUUGCCUGCACGCAUUCAACAGAAGAGACGGAGCCCUGCACUGUCAAUGAUGACUGCUCUCCAAGCACUUGCUUAGUUACUGAGUGGGGUGAAUGGGAUACCUGCAGUGCCACCUGUGGGCUUGGCAUGAAAAGACGGGAGCGUAUGGUUAAAAUGCCUCCAUCUGACGGCUCCAUCUGUGGAGCUGAGGUGGUGGAGGUGGAGAAGUGUAUGAUGCCAGAAUGCCAUACAAUCCCGUGUUUACUCUCACCGUGGUCGGAGUGGAGCGACUGCAGUGUAACGUGUGGUAAAGGUACACGGACACGUCAGCGCAUACUGAAGUCACCUGUAGAGCUGGGCGAAUGCAGUGAAGAGCUUGAGCAGAUGGAGAAAUGCAUGCUGCCCGAGUGCCCAAUGGACUGUGUAAUGUCAGAGUGGUCUGAGUGGUCCGAGUGUAGUAAGGCCUGUGGAAAGGGUCACACGAUCCGCACCCGUCUGAUCAUGCUAGAGCCUCAGUUUGGAGGCGAGUCAUGCCCCGAGACAGUACAGAGAAAGAGGUGUAAGAUCAAGAAAUGUAGCCAAGGUGGUGCCAACAGCGAUGAGAGGAAGAAACGCAAAGAAGAGCGCAAGAAGAGGAGGAACAAACAGGGGAGGGAAGAAAGCACAGAUGAGCUUGCAGGAUGUAAAAUGAAGCCAUGGUCUGGAUGGACUGACUGCACUAAGCUGUGUGGCGGCGGCAUCCAGGAGCGUCUGAUGACAGCCAAGAAAAGAUUCAAGAACGCUCAACUAACCAGCUGCAAAGACCGAAAGGAGAUACGAGCCUGCAAUGUUCAUCCCUGCUAGGGCUGUGCCGCACAGCUUUAUGGGACAAGGCCCCAUCCAGAUUGUGGACAGACUGUGGCACGCUGUCUUACAGUAAUUCAAUGCACUCUGUACGGGGUCAGCCAGCUGCAACAGCUAGUCUGUUAUUUUUCAUUUUCUAGAAUUUAGAUUGACCCAGGCCCUCCUUAGCCUGUAACAAAAUGGGGAACCAAGAGGAAAGGUGCAGGCAACAAUGCACUGUACAAAUUCAGAUGUAUUAAAAUGCAUUCAUAUUUGAGAGUAGCAGCCCUUUGAAGAGUGAAGUUCUUUUGAAGAUUGAUUUUUCACAAGGAAGACCUCGGCGUAUUAAAGAUUAAUAUGUUUUGACGUGAAAGCAAAACAAAUUCCUGCUUUUAUACUCUGUGAUCUAAAAGCUGUCUUCAGACACAAACACUCAAACACACAGAAAAUAACAGAAAUUAUAAUCUUUCUAAUGUCUUUUGAAGUCGCACAGUCAUCUCAGGCAUUCAGAAACAAGUGUCAAAACUUUACUUGCAAUUACAUAAACAGGUCUGGGAUCACUGGCCAAUAGACAAUUCAGUUGUGGCUUAAAAUGGUAUAAAAUGAAUACAUUUCUUUCAAAAUCUUUUACUUUCAUCUAGGGAUGCGCCGAUACAAAAUGUGUUGAUACCGUUAUGAUACGUACACACCAAAUGCUGGGCAUCGCAUUACUCGCUCUUCGUGUCAUGCAAAUUUUAUUGUUGAAUAUUUUCAAAUUGGGCGAAGACACGUCUGAGGUGAAUUGCGCGUGUUUUCGCGGCAAACGCACCGCCUAUGACGCAUCAUUCGCAUCGCCCUACGCGAGGAUGCGUCUGAUCGCUUCUUUGCAUUGACUUUGUAUGUAAUCUACUUGCGCAAAUCGUUGAACUCGCAUCUGGUGUGAACCCACAGUUAGAAUGUAUACCGGUAUUGAUAGAUUCAGAUAGUUUCUCUUUUUACUUUCAAAUUUGUUAUGUUGUGAAAUCCCAGAAGUGCAGAGCAUACAGACUGCAAUUCUGUUGUCAUUGUCACCCAAUUCAAAAUAAUUACACAUCACAAGUCCUAUUCCUUUCUUCCCUCCCUAUCCCUGAUUAUUGCCAGGAUAUAAUCUGCCCUAAUCUGUUGUUUCUAAACAAUCGGACGAUGUCUGAUAGUGGGGAAAAAUUGUAUCUGUCGAUACCAACUAUAUGCCAAUAUAUCGGUGCAUCUUUACUUUCAACAAAUAUUUUGACAAAACGUUUUCAUUUUCUUUAUGUUCACUCAUGUCCCUAAAACAGUAGACAUUAGGCACUUGAAGAAAUAGUUAUUUUAAAAGGUAGGGGAGACCGGGGCUGGUUGUCACACUGCUUAUUCCAGACAUACCACAUGGCGCUGUGGUACAAUUUUGAUAUCAAUUUGUUAGCCUUUGUUAGCUUACUCAUUUGCAAUUGUAAUUUUGCUGAGCAGACACAAAACAUUGAGGUUAGGAGACAUUUUUUUAUUUUCAUGGGUCAGAGUAAAUUUUCAUGUUGGUGUUGUUUUUGUGUUGAGAUC